AUGUAUUGUUUUAAUAAUAACGAUAACAAUAAUAAUAAUAAUAAUAAUGAUAAUAAUAUCCAUCCAUCAUAUAAAAUUUUUGAAUUAUUUCAAAAAUCACUGGAAUCAGGGUCAAUAGAGAUAUCAAGAUAUUUACUUCAAUUAAUAAAUGAAAAUAGAGCAAAUUUUGACAAGGAUUUGGGUAGUUUCAGUGGCAUUAUUGAUAAUGAAGUUGUUUUAAAAGUAAUGAACUUUAAUCCUUGCAACUUUGAAAAUUAUUUUUAUUCACUUGUCGAAAAUUUAACUCAAGAGAAAUACGAUUUUAUAAAGAAUGAAUUAAAGGUUGAUUUAGAGUCUCUAAUAGUCAAAAAUAAACAUCUUGCAAAAGUAAAAGUUAAAUCAAAUGGAGAAGAACCAUUUUUAAUAAACUCCGAAAUGAAAGUACCAAGCAUUGAUUUACUUUUAUUAUCAAACGGAUUCAAUUUAAGAAUUUUACACGAGGUGGGGAUUUGUGUAGAUAAUAUAGAUCAUGCAAAAAUAUACGUUUUAAGAGCACCAAAAAAGUAUUCAUCUCAUAUACUUCCAGCUUUAAUCCAUCUUUCAAAUAACCGAGACAUUAAAAAGCUAAGCACUUUGAUUCAGAGAAUCAAAGAAAUUAUAAAUAAAAAGAUGGAUAUAAUCGAUCUAUUAGGCCCAUUCAUCAUUUAUUAUCAUUUAAAGAAAGGAAACUUCCAAGAAAUCGAAGACAUAUACAAUUAUGGCACCGACAAAAACAGGGAUUUAGUUAAAAAAAUACUAAGACAAUUUUCAGUUUCAAAAUUUUCAAUUGCAGCAUAUAAUUUAUUAAAAAGGAUAGAGACAGAUGAAACCUUUUAUAUGUUUGAAAAGGAAAACCUACUUCAAAAUAGUUUUCAAUUAAAGGAGCAGCCAUUUUAUGUUAGGGAAAAGGAAGAUUCAAGCGAUUUGAGCGAUUUGAGUGAUUCAAACGAGUCAAACGAGUCAAACGAGUCAAGCGAGUCAAACGAGUCGAGCAUAGAUUUUAGUGAUGAAAGUGAUAUAUCCAAGGAUGACGAAGAACUAAUAUAUGAAAGAAUUAAAAGAAUGAAAAUUGAUAAACUAUUUCAAAAUCGUAGAUAUAAACAAGUUUUGGAUUUAGUCAAAGGAGGCGGUAGAAAAUUAGGAAUCGUCCCAUCAAUUUCAUUUUAUAAAUUAUUUGAUAAAGCAAUUCCAUUUGAAUGGUUUGAAAAAUUAUUUACACCAUUGAUUGAAUCAUUUUUUUUUGGAGAUUUACAACGAGUAAUAGAAGUUUGUUGUGAAAGAUUUGAUAUAUUUGAAUUCAUUUGGGAACACUAUUUUAUAUCAAUAGAAAAAUACAUAAUCAAAGAGAAGAUUGAUUUCAUCACAAAUUACAUCUACAAUGAAAACAAAAACAAAAACGAAAAUGAAAAAGAAAAUAAAGAAGAUGAAUAUUACUCUCAAGUAGAUUCAGAGGAAGAAUAUGACGAAGAAGAAGAGGAAGAUGAUGGGUCAUAUGGGUUAUAUGACGAGGAAGAUGAUGGAUCAUAUCUGGAUGAAGACUAUGACGAGGAGGAGGAGUUUAGAUAUGGAUUUGAGGAAUAUCAAAAUCGAGAGGAAGAAUAUGAAGAAAAUGAAAUUCCUUUCAAAGGUUAUAAAAUCGAUGCAUUAUUUAAAAGAACUCUUUUUGAUGGAAAUAUAAAACUACUCAAAACACUUCAAUCAGCAUUCCCAUCAUACAGAUUCAAAAUAGAUUCAAAGGAAUUUCAACAAAUUAUGGAAAAUGUUUAUAUCCAUCAUAAAUGCAAUGUUCUUGAAUAUCUAUACGAAAAUAACUAUAUCACAAAUUUAUCUUUACCGAGUUCUAAAGAAUGA